AUGAGUUCUUCUCACCUGAGCAACAGAGUUGAGAGCCGCUUUCAGUCUCCAGAGGAGCAUGAACUGGAGGCUGUGGGGAAGAAAGCCUGGGAUAAUCCUGUCUACAAUGGCUCGCCCUCUACCUCCUUGAAGAUUCGAGCCAUCUACAAUCCCAAAUCAAUUCUGGAGAAUCCCUAUGAGAGUUUUGAAGAGGCGAGGGAUCCGGUGCCAUACCAGGAGGAACAGAACAAAACUAUGGCGGGGAAGACAAGUUCUUUCCUCAAGUGCUGCUUCUACAUCUUCAGAGGCAUCCGAGGUCUUUGGGGCACUACGCUAACUGAGAAUACAGCUGAAAACAGAGAACUUUAUGUGAAGACUACUCUACGAGAGCUCCUAGUCUACAUUGUGUUCUUGGUGGACAUAUGUCUGCUGACAUAUGGUAUGACAAGUUCCAGUGCCUAUUACUACACAAAAGUGAUGUCUGAGUUAUUCCUGCAGAGCUCUUCGGACAGCCGUGUCUCCUUCCAGUCCAUUGGCAGCAUGGCUGACUUCUGGGUGUAUGCACAAGGUCCUCUUCUGGAUAAUCUUUACUGGACAAAGUGGUACAACAAUGAGUCCCUAGCAGCACACAACACUCAGUCAUACAUCUAUUACGAGAACCUGCUACUGGGUGUCCCACGCAUGCGACAGCUGAAGGUGAAGAACAACUCCUGUGUGGUUCAUGAUGACUUCAAAGAGGAGAUCUCAGGCUGCUAUGGUGUAUACUCAGAAGACAAAGAGGAAAAAGUCUCCUUUGGACUCAUCAAUGGAACAGCGUGGAGGUACCAUUCUGAGGAAGAGCUGGGUGGCUCAUCUCACUGGGGAAGACUAACCAGUUACAGUGGGGGAGGAUACUACAUAGACCUCAAGUUGACCAGAGAAGAGAGUGCUGAAGCCCUGCAAGUCUUGAAGGAGAAAUUAUGGUUGGAUCGGGGGACACGAGUUGUCUUCAUUGAUUUCUCGGUGUAUAAUGCAAAUAUCAAUCUGUUCUGUGUUCUGAGGUUAGUGGUGGAGUUUCCGGCCACUGGUGGUGCCAUUCCCUCCUGGCAAAUCCGGACAGUCAAGCUUAUACGAUAUGUCAGCGCAUGGGAUUUCUUCAUUGUUGCCUGUGAAAUUAUUUUCUGUGUCUUCAUCUUCUACUAUGUGGUGGAGGAGAUUUUGGAGCUGCGUAUCCACAGGCUUCAGUACUUUACCAGCAUAUGGAACAUCUUGGAUGUGGUUGUCAUUCUGCUCUCCAUUGUUGCUAUUGGAUUUCACAUCUUUCGUACCAUAGAGGUGAACAGACUGUUGGGGGAGCUGCUGAAACAUCCUGAAACCUACGCGGACUUUGAGUUCCUUGCAUUCUGGCAGACUCAGUACAAUAAUAUGAAUGCAGUCAACUUAUUCUUCGCCUGGAUCAAGAUAUUCAAGUAUAUUAGCUUUAACAAAACAAUGACUCAGCUGUCCUCCACGUUGGCACGUUGUGCCAAGGACAUCCUGGGCUUUGCCAUUAUGUUCUUUAUUGUCUUCUUUGCUUAUGCCCAGUUGGGUUACCUUCUUUUUGGGACACAAGUGGAAAACUUCAGUACCUUUGUUAAAUGCAUCUUCACGCAAUUUCGGAUCAUUCUUGGUGACUUUGACUACAAUUCCAUUGACAAUGCCAACAGGGUCCUUGGGCCUGUUUAUUUCGUCACCUACGUGUUCUUUGUUUUCUUUGUGCUCCUGAACAUGUUUCUGGCCAUCAUCAAUGAUACCUACUCAGAAGUCAAAGAGGAGCUUUCAAGCCAGAAGGAUGAGCUGCAGCUCUCAGACAUCUUGAAGCAGAGCUACAACCGGACACUUAUGAGGUUGAAGCUGAAAAAGGAACGGAUUUCUGAUGUGCAGAAAGCAUUGCAGAAUGGAACAAAAGAACUGGGCUUUGAGGACUUCAAGAACAGCUUGAAGGAACUGGGCCAUGCGGACCAUGAGAUCACAGCAGCCUUCUCCAGGUUUGACAAAGAUGGCAACCACAUCCUUGAUGAAGAGGAGCAGCAGCAGAUGAAGCAUGACCUAGAGGCAAAAAGGGUUGCUCUGAAUACAGAGAUUGAAAAUUUAGGGAAAUCCUAUGGGGGCAACAACUUGGAUGAGAAUCUGUCCUAUGUGGAAGCAAAGAAUAACCAUGCCAAUAAGGCCAGCUGGGUCUCCGAAGAAGAGUUCCAAGUACUCCUGCAACGUGUGCUGCAUCUGGAACAGUCCAUACACAGCAUUGGCUCCAAGAUUGAUGCAGUGGUAAGCAAGCUAGAAGUGCUGGAGAGAAACAAGCUGAAAACGAAGGAUUUGAUGGGCAAGCCACUGGAUAACAGUAGGGAGGAGGAAGAACCCAGUCAGGAAGAACUGCUCUCCCAGAGCCCAGACCAGCUGAGGAAAGAAGCAGCAGAAGACUGGGGAGUGGAAUAUGUACAGGGAAAUAACCCAAGUUGCAUAUCUUCUCAGAAUGGGAUCUGUCCAGUCUUGUUCAGGUCAAGUGUACCAGGGUCUCAGGCCCCCAAGAACAUCCAGUCACAGUCUGAGUGCUUCUAGCAAACAGCCCAGUGUUCCCAGUCUGGCUCCUACAGUACUGUAUCACUGUCAGUUGUUUUUCCCACUGUUAGAAUAGUCAGAACAGCUGAACGCAGGCACCACUGUUGCCAGAGACUGGUGAUGUGAAAAACUGGGGCUGCUCUUUUCCAGCGUAGUGAUGUGUGAUAUCACAGACCUAGAACUUCUGGCCCCUGUGCCUCUGGACUAGUUAGAAAUAUGGAACCAGGUAUUGCAUUAGGUUUCUGUCUCUGAACAGGACAACUUAAAGUGCUUUUACCUAUAUUUUCCCAAGAUAUAAAGGCAUCAGAGCUCUGGAAGUACUUGGAUCCAGAAUGGGAAAUUGCAAGUUGUUCCCCACAAACAUGCACAUCCCCACAUGCCUGCAUUGUCAAUUGUGGGGAAAAGUUGAGGUAAUCAGAUUAACAAAACAGAAUAUAAUCAUUAGUGUGAGACAGAAAGGAGAAAGUAGUUGUGUCUACAUGGUUACCACUAACUUUGUUCUGUUGUAAUUUGCAUCCAGAACAUUUUGGUAACCCUCUUUGGUUACUAAAGAUUCAGAUGUUGGAAAAAAUAGGACAUAAACACCUCAGUCAAGAUAAUUAAUGAGAGUUUACUCCCGGUGUACUAGGAGGAGAUCUGAAAUUGAAGCAGCUGUUACUGAUAUUCUGAGGUCUGAAUGUCAGGGAACAGACUUCAGAGUUUCUAACACUGGAUCAGCCCUGCUCUGGCCAGGCUCUAGAGCUGUCACAGCUACACAGAGACAGUGGUAGUGUUGACAAACUGAAGAAGAGGGUCAUUCCAUUGCAAGAUCCCAGCAGGAGCUGUGAGACCCUGUCACACAACCCACAGGGAGCUUAGACUUCAGCUAGGAUCUGCAGGUUCUUGCAUUGUGGUUUCCCAUCAGCUGCUUCUGCUACUGGGGACAAGACUUCUCUGUGAGAUACUGCCAUGGUUCUUGACUCGAAGUUUUACUUAAUUCAGGAUUGAGAAUAAGCUCUUUGCCUUCAGCUUUUCCAGCUGAACUCAGAACAAUGAUGUUGCUUAUUUCCCCUCUACUCACAGCAUUGAAAACAUUAUCUUAUGCAGGAGAAAAUAGCUUAUGUCAGGGACCUGAGAACUUAAAUUAAAAUUUUCAUAAACAGGAAAUCCAUAUGCUAAAUUAUAAUCCAGAAAAGAAACUAUCUGCUAGCAGACUUGAAUUGCACAUACAGCCCAUUACCAGUGUAGAACUGAAGCAUGUUAUGGACUGUAGGUAAAAAUGUUUAAUGUUCUGCAUGUCAAGAAGUACAUAAGUUCUUCUGUUAAAUCAUUUGGAAAGACCCUGUUUGAGAUCCUGGCUCAAUAGCAGACCAUUGUUACUGAGGCUUAGCUGCAAAAACAAAAUUACAAGCUUCUCUUUUGAAAUCUGUGGAGGGGAGAGAUGGUGGAAAAUGUGUUGCUGGCUGAGGCUCAGCUCCUCACAACUGCUGUGGGGUAAACAGGAUCCUGAAACAAGGUGCUGCCCAGAGCAGGAAGGUGAGGCCUUGCUUUACAAAGCCUUAGAUCUCACAAAGGAGAGAGCACUGCUUCAUUCUGUCCAGUGGAAAAGGUGGCACAAGCCCUCGUUGUUGGCACUGUUCCAGUUCCCAUCUUGUACCUUCCCUGCUGUGGCAGGGAUGCUUCAGGCAUUACAGAGCAGCACGUGGUCCUGCUGUCGCUGCACACCAGGAGCUAGCCUCUGUCUAGCCAUCCUUCCUGCACAGAGACACCCUGCGUCAGGGAAGGCAGGAGAGGCAAAAGGACAGUGGUGCAGCAGCUGGGCUCAGAACCACACAAUGAUAAUCACAGGCAGGUCACAGGUAACACAGGCUGCUAUUUGGGGCAGUAGGCUACUGGAAGAGCAGAAUGGUCACAUUGCAUGGCUGAGUUUGUUCACACAUAACUCUGGGAAGCCUUCUUUCCCCUGUAAAGAGUAAGCAUAGAGUCUCCACACUCUGAGUAGAGCUUUUGCCCAGCUCUAGCUGGGAUCAGAUAAGAAACACAGGCUGCAGUGGUCUCCUGGGUUUCAGCUAGAGCUCCUUCCCCUCUCACCUGGUGUUUUCUCAGAAAGACCACCCCCUAUGCUACAUGCUGUGAUUUCAGUUGUGUCAGUAUCACUAAGUGUGAAACAACUUCUGUCACCAGUGAUGCCUGUGCCUGCAUUGUCUUCUCUCUUGCUUGUACCUCUGCAUGCAACCGUCUUGUCUGUGCCAUGACGUGCUGUCAUGUAAACAAUGUGGCCUAGAGUUAGCAAGGCAGUUACUUGUCUCCAACAAUUGCUUGUGUAUAAUGCUCAAUUGUGUGUUCAAGCUGGUUGAGAAACAGCAUAAAUAUACUGAACGGUAAGUUUAUGCAAGUGCUAUUUUCAGAUGGGUGUUGUAAGGCCUCCUGGCAGCAACUGGUGUUAUUUAGAUAAUUCGUAUCUCA